AUGGAAGAUACAAAUUUUAGUUCUGAGGAAAUAGACCGGUUGAGGAAAAGGUUUAUGAAACUAGAUAAGGAUGGUUCUGGUGAGAUUGAUCGGAAUGAAUUUUUAUCUAUACCGGGGAUUUCGUCGAACCCCUUAGCUGCGAGAUUGAUGGACGUUUUUGAUAAGGAUGGAGAUGAGCAAAUUGAUUUCCAAGAGUUCAUAAUGGGGCUCUCUGCAUUCAGCGGGAAAUCCUCAAAUGUAGAAAAAUUGAAAUUUGCAUUUAGUAUAUACGAUAUUGAUAGAGAUGGCUAUAUUGGAAAUGGCGAGCUAUUCAUCGUGAUGAAAAUGAUGGUUGGUAAGAAUCUACAAGACGAAGAGUUGCAGCAAAUCGUUGAUAAGACUAUGAUGGAGGCAGAUAAGGAUGGAGAUGGGAAAUUGAACUUUGAAGAGUUUAAAGACGCUGUUGACAGCAACACCAUUGCAAACACAUUAACCUUGAAUAUUCAUUCUUAUAUCUCGCCCAAGAUUACUGUUAAAGACGUGAAAGGUUCAGGCAGAGGUAUUUAUGCAACAUCCGAUAUCAGCAAACAGGAAUUAAUAAUCAACAUCCCUCAUGCUUUCCUAUUAAACUUUACCACCGUGUUGAACCACAUUUCCAAGUUCAACAAGAUGGAAUUGGAUAAACAUGUAUAUGUGCCAUUUGAAGUGCACGAGGACGAAUACACAGAUAUUUACAAGUUAUUCACAAAGGAAGAUUUGCUACAACUAUCAUCGUUCCAAUUGUUGUCGAUGUAUUUGACUUUGGAAAAAAAGAGACCAUGCUCAUACUGGAAGCCGUUUAUUGAUAUGUUACCAACUAUGCGUGAUUUUGAAUUGAUGCCUUUGGUCUACAACAAUGAAUUGAAAUCUCUCCUUCCAGAAACCGCCCAAAAAUUAAAUGCAAAUGUGGAGAAGAGAUUUGAACACGAUUAUGAGAAAGUGGUAAACUUGUUUGAAUCAAAAGGAAUAGACGUAUCCGCUGUUUUGGUCAAGGAUGACCUUCUUUUAUCCUGGCUUUGUAUCAAUUCACGUUGUUUAUACAUGGACCUCUCCACUAGUCAUCACCAUGAUAAACUGGAUAAUUUCACAAUGGCACCAUAUAUUGACUUUAUCAAUCAUUCAUGUGACGACCAUUGUACUUUGAAAAUCGACGGCAAGGGGUUUCAAAUUACAACAACUACGGCGUACACUACUGAAGAUCAACUAUACUUGAGUUAUGGUCCCCAUUCGAAUGAUUUCCUAUUGACUGAGUACGGAUUUACCGUGGCAGAGAACAAGUGGAACGAUCUUGACAUAUCGUCAUACAUUUUGCCCUUAUUGGCUAAACAACAGAUUGAAUAUUUGAAGGAGAAUGAUUAUUAUGGUAAUUUCACUUUGAACAAUGAGGGAUUGUCGUUCAGGACCGAAGUUGGACUAGCUGUUUUACAAGAACAAAAUCCCCAGGAGUCUCAAAGACUAACAAGUUUCCUCAAUGGGAAGAUAGAUAAUACAGUAUUUAAGACUUACUCAAAUCUUAUUCUUGUGGAAAUUUUACGAAAAGUCAUUCACGAGGCAGAGAAUCAUCAAUAUUUACUAUAUGCGAAUGAUACAGAUGUCGUUAAACAGCUGAGAAUGCGAGCUAUUGGAUCUCUAUAUAAAGAUCAGUUGAAAUUGGCAAGACCUCUACUUGAUGAAUUGGAAUAG